AUGACAAACUCGGUUACCAUGAGCACCACAAACGAAUCGGCAACAAUGGAAUGCAAGUUUCCUGAGCUGCAUUUAGAGGAUCACGAAGAAGCAUUGAGCAUCAAUGAUGCGCAAGUCUCGAUCGAAUUGCCAUCAACCGAAUUCAAGCCAUGGCUACACGACUUCAGUCGCGACCAGAAAAUCCCUCUGUCCGACGUUUUUCUUGCCUUAUGGGGCCUAAUUUUGAAAACAUUCACGGGAAAUGGAGCUAUCUGCGCAGCAUCCGUGAUUGGAACAGCAGACCUUGAGCUGGUGACCUUGGAGAUAGACGAGCAAGUCACUAUGAUUGAGCUGCUCCGGUCAUUUGGAGAUAGAAAGCGACACAUCCAAGACCACACAUUGGAGCUGCCUUGCAAUUCAGCCGUCUACUUUGCAAGCACUAGAGAAGAAAUCACUAAAGACCUGGAAAAAUUCGAAGUAUCCCUGCUAGUGGUGGAUGGGCACGAUCAGAUGGAAAUAUGUCUGAUCCAUAAAGCAAAAUAUCUUGCUCCAUCAUUCGCAAAGCAGGUUGCAAACACAGUCAGCCAGUUACUGAAUGAGCUUCAUCUUGAUGCGAAUCGACAAAUCUCGCAGAUCAAUCUUCUCCACCCUGAGACUGAGAGACAGCUGCAGACCUGGGGCAGUCGCCUUCCUAAAGCGGUGGAUCACUGUGUGGGCACUCUCUUUGAAGAAAUUGUCCUACAAAGACCAUUGAACGAGGCAGUGCGGACAGCUGAGACGGUUCUGACGUAUGAAGACUUGGAUCGUCUGAGUGGACGACUGGCCAUCUACCUGCAGAAUCUGGGGGUAGGACCAGAAGCCGUGGUAAUCUUAUGUUUUCCUAAGUCUGCUUGGGCCGUUGUGGCCAUGAUGGCUGUCAUCCGUGCCGGCGGAGCCAUUUUGUUUCUGGAUCCAUCACAUCCAACGGCCCGACACCGUGAGGUUGCGGACCAAGUAAAGACAAAAUGGAUCCUUACCGCAUCGGAGCAUACUGCUCAGAUGGAAUGGUUUGAGGGUGAUGUAAUUUGCAUCGAGCGUGUCUUUGUGGACUCCCUGGGGCCGACUCCCCAGGGAACAGUUCUGGAAUCAACAGCCACUCCCUCAAACACAUUGUAUAUCAUCUUCACCUCUGGAAGUACCGGCAAGCCGAAAGGAUGUGUGAUUGAACAUCGACAGUUCCUGACUGGUUCUCAGGCGCAACAGAAAGCAUCUGGGAUGGAUUCCAAUGAUCGAGUGUUGCAAUUGGCAUCGUUCACUUUUGACGUGAGUAUCCUAGAGAUUAUAACUUCACUCAUCUCGGGUGCCUGUGUGUGUAUUCCCAACGACCAGGAGCGAUCUCAGGGACCUGCUUUCUGCAUCCAACAGUUUAGCAUCACCUGGGCCUUCCUCACUCCGUCACUGGUGAAGUCCAUGGACCCCAGGCAGGUCCCGACACUGAAAUUUCUGGUACUGGGUGGUGAAGCCGUCCUGGAAGAAAACAUUAAAACUUGGGCGCCGCAUGUGCGACUAGCCAAUGGGUACGGCCCUUCGGAGUGUUCGAUCGCUGCAACGGCGAAUGUUCCACUGUCCCUCCAAACGAAUCCAAUGAACAUUGGGCAUCCACUGGGUGGUUGCUGUUGGAUCGUCAAGCCACAUGACCACGAUACCCUGGUUCCAAUUGGGGCUCCCGGCGAGUUGGUCAUUCUGGGACAUAUCGUUGCUCGGGGAUACUUGUAUGAGCCCGAAAAGACACAGGCUGUAUUCUUGGACUCAGCCAAGUGGUUCAAAGCGGAUACCACACCGUCCUCACGCAUCUACAAGACCGGUGAUUUGGCCCGGUUCAAUACGGAUGGCUCUAUCCACUUCAUUGGCCGAAAGGAUAGCCAAGUAAAGCUGCGCGGCCUCCGAAUCGAACUGGGGGAGAUUGAACACCGUAUUGCUGCUCAUCCAUUCGUCAGACAAGUGUCUGUCGUACUCGCAAAAGAAGGUCCUUGUCAGGCCAAACUGGCGGCCGUGGUUUCUCUGAAAGAGCUUCAACGCCAAUCCUCAACUCUCGAGUUACUCACCGAAGAGAACUACAGCUCUGCCAAAAAGCAACUUGCAGCUGUGGCAGAGUCGGUUUUCAAGCAGCUGCCAAGUUACAUGUUGCCAACAAUCUGGGCACCGGUCUGGUCUAUCCCUUUGACUGUCUCUGGCAAGCAAAACGGAGUGGCAGUGGCCAGAUAUGUCAAGGAUAUGUCACCAGACACAUACAGUUUCCUCAUGGGAAUGGAUGAUGACCUUGAGAGGGUCAGCCCAUCGAACGAGCGAGAACGUGAAAUGGAACAACUUUGCCGCGAUAUUCUGGGCUUCACAAAACCCGAGGACGUGUGGUUAAACAGAUCGUGGAUCCAGAACUCUGGUGAUUCUAUCAAGGCGACACAGCUCCUUGACAAAUUGCGCCGUAAUGGCGUUUCUGUUGUUUUCGAAGAUAUUCUGCAAAGUGCAACGUUGAUUGAGCUCGUUGAGAAGAUUGAGAGUCGAGGUCCAGUCGCCCCUUUUACCAGCCAGGCGAUUCGAACAUAUUCACCUUCAUUGGAUCAAGAGAGACUAUCGCGAGUUGGUCUCGAGUUCAACUCGGUAGAGGAUGUGUAUGGACUGUCAGCCGUGCAGCGAGGAAUCCUUCUGAGCCAACAGCAGAACCCCGAAAGCUACCAGCUUCGCAUCACCUGCGAGGUGCUGUCUUGCACAGGAGAAGAGAUUGAUGGACAGCGCUUGUUGGACGCCUGGGAACAUGUCACGGCUCGGCAUCCUGCGCUGCGGACCAUUAUGAUCGAGACCGAGACAGAAGACGGCCUAUUCGACCAGCUGGUCCUCAAAAAAAGCAAAGCAAGGGUUGUGGAAUGGAGAUUGAAAAAUGUAAAUGCGUUCUGGCAGGCGCAAGAGGCGUUCACUCGAACAGACACUGCCCUCCAGCCGCCAGUGGUUUUCGUGCUAUCUACCACAGACGAGGGCAAGCAUUUCAUCACUGUUGAUAUUAGCCACGCCCUCGUUGACGGAGUCUCCAUCUUGAUUUUGCUACGUGAUCUCUGUCAAGCAUACGAUGGCAAUCUUCCAGGGGACCGUACGAUCAAAUACUCUUCCUACAUCGAUUAUAUCCAACAGCUGUCCGUGGACUCUUCGUUAGAAUACUGGACUAAGCACUUGGAGGAUGCAACCCCCUGCCACAUGCCCACCCUCAACGACGAUUUGGUUCUUGAGGGUCAACCGGGCGAAGUGAAAAUGGAUAUUGAGGGCGUCGACGCUCUGUAUGCCCUGUGUGCCGUUAAUAACUUCACGCCCGCUUCUGUUUUCCAAGCGGCAUGGGCCCUGGUCCUUCAGGCCUACACGAAGCAGAAUGAUAUUUCAUUUGGAUAUCUGACCACAGGCCGCGAGAUGCCUGUGGCUGAGAUCAGUGAGGCAGUCGGUGUGUUUAUCAACAUGAUGAUCUAUCGCAUGCUGCUGUCUCCUGAAUCGACAAUCACCUCUAUUGCAAAGGAAACACAGCAGAACUUCUUACGAGGGCUCCCCCAUCAGCACUGCUCAGUUGCCGAGAUCCAGCAUGCGUUAGGCACUUCGAAGCCGUUGUUCAACACAAUCAUGUCCCUCCAAAGCGCCCUGGGAGAGGUAUUCUUUAGCGAGGAAGCUAAUGGGAGCAUAGGAUUUAGGGUUAUUGGGGAAUUGGACCCAACAGAGACACGGGUUUCUGUUACACUUCGACAUUACCGGGCGGCUCUCAGUGACGCCAUGGCCGAGAACGUGCUGGCCACGUUCCGCCGGGCUAUCGACGCUGUGGUUCAUAGCCACUCAGCCAAGUUGGGCGAUUUGGAUAUGAUGAGUGAUCGUGAUCAAUCUCAGAUUGCACAUUGGAACAGUCAGCAGUGGGCCGACCUUCACGUCUGCGUUCAUGACCUGAUUUCCGAACAAGCGAUUACUUGCCCACAGGCUGUCGCCAUUGAGGCUUGGGAUGGCAGUUUCACUUACCAGGAACUGGAUUCUAUGACCAGCAUUCUCGCGGAACUGCUGAUGCAGAAGGGUGUCCAACCAGAGUCUCUGGUACCAAUUGGCUUUCCCAAGUCGCGUUGGACGGUCGUUGCUCAGUUGGCCACGUUAAAGGCGGGUGGAGCAUGUGUUGCUUUUGAUCCGGAGCACCCUCGCAGCAGACGCGAACAAAUGGUCGAGCAGUGCGAGGCCCAAACCGCCAUUGUUUCAGAAGGCAACGAAUCGCUAUUCGACGGACUGGUGCCAAACGUAAUCAUCCUCGGGGCAAACACCAUUGAUACGCUGCUCCAGGACCAGUCAGCACUCCUGGUUCCUUCCACUUCGUCCGAGGUCUCGCCUUCCAAUCCUGCUUUUGUCGUUUUCACAUCAGGCAGCACAGGUAAACCAAAAGGAAUCGUUCUCGAGCACCAUGCCAUCUGUAGCAGCGCAAAAUCUCACGGGCCUGCAAUGAAUUACGCGAAAGCCCGAGUACUGCAAUUUGCAUCGUACACAUUCGAUGUCAGCAUUGGCGAGACGUUUACCUGUUUGAUGAGUGGUGGCACGCUUUGCAUUCCAAGCGAGGAUGAACGAAUGAAUGACCUGGCUGGUGUCAUCAACCGGAUGAACGCCAAAGUCGUAUAUUUGACACCCUCGGUGGUGAGUCUGCUGCAUCCUUCUGAAGUUCCGGGAAUUUCCACGUUGGCCCUGGGAGGUGAGGCCCUGCGAGAAGACAACAUCGCCACCUGGGCCAAUCACACCAAUCUAGUGAACAUAUACGGGCCCGCAGAGUGCAGUAUCUGGUCUACAGGCCUGCAAAAUGUCCCAUCAUCUGCUUCCCCACGCAACAUUGGUUAUGGACUUGGUGCCAGGAUGUGGAUCACCAAUGCGGAAGACCCGAGCAAACUGUGCUCAGUCGGUGCCGUCGGCGAGCUCCUGAUUGAAGGGCCAAUUGUUGCCCGAGGAUAUCUGAAAGACGAUGGAAAAACCCAGGCGGCGUUUAUCGAUCCCCCUGCAUGGUGGUCGCAGUAUCAAGCGGGUGGGCCCGCUACACAAUUCAAGGUUUACCGAACCGGCGAUCUUGCCAGAUACAACUCGGAUGGUUCUAUUCACUUCAUUGGCCGUCGAGACCAUCAAGUAAAGCUGCACGGCCAACGUGUGGAGAUGGGCGAGAUUGACCGGACGAUGCUGAUGCACGCCAAUGUUCAGAAUGCACUAGCCAUGGUGCCUACCAAAGGCCAACUGGCAGGCAAGCUAGUUGCGGUGCUGAGCUUGAACGACCAGGUUCAUGCCCUAGGUAAGGCUAGCAUUGAGCUGCGGCGGGAUUCCAAUGUAGAUAUAUCUCCCAUGCGAGACUGGCUUGGAACAAGGUUGCCUUCUUACAUGAUACCUUCCACCUGGCUUGUUGUGCAGUCGAUUCCCGUCACAAGAAACGGAAAAUCAGAUCGUCCGUCAGUUGUUGCUUGGGUUGAGGACUUGCAGGAGAUUGCUGACAACUUUGAACCGACUGAUUGCCCCAAUGGCCCCGAAAAUCUGCCAAUGAACAAGAUGGAGACAGACGUGAGGGAGGUGGUUAGCUCGGUCCUUAACCUUCCCGUGGCGGAAGUCUUCAUGAACGCUUCGUUCCUCUCGUUAGGAGGAGAUUCAAUCACAGCCAUGCAGACUUCAUCACGGUCUCGAUCCCGUGGUAUUCAAUGUGCAGUGAAGAGCAUCCUGAAGAGCAAAUCACUCCGCCAGAUUGCGACAGAAGCGACAGUCAUGAACAGUUCCGCCAGUUUAACCAAGACUGACGGCCAAGCGUUCCGUCUGCUACCGAGUAUGCAUCCAUCUGAUCUUGACGAAUGGGUCAAAAAGCUGGGUUACACAGGUCUGCCCGACAUCGAAGACGCGUAUGGGUGCUCGCCCAUGCAGGAGGGUAUCCUGAUUAGCCAAGCCCAAGCCCCGGAGACGUACAAGUUCUCGGCUGUUUGUUCAAUCCGGGCAGUAGACACAUUGAAGCCACUCAAUAUGGAUCGGCUCCUUCUGGCAUGGAGUCGUGUCGUUGCGAGUCAUCCAGUCUUGCGUACCUUUUUCAUUGAGGGACUAUCAGGAGACUCCCUGUACAGUCAAAUUGUACUCAAAAAUUAUACGCCCCGAGUGGAGAGGGCCAGGAGCCUAGAGAGUUUGCUUCGGUAUGAUCAGGAACACCCUGUCGACUACAAUGAGCCCGUUCCCCCGCACCGAAUGACGGUGUUCGAGGCCAAAGAUCUCCUGUACUUCAACCUGGAACUUAGUCAUACGUUGAUUGACGGCGCAUCGAUGCCUCUGCUUCUCGGUGAUAUCAGAGCGGCCUAUGACAAUGCAAUCCCCCCUGGGCCCCUGUACAGUGACUACAUCGCUUUCUGGCAGCGACAGCCUCGCGAGGCUACCACGUCCUUCUGGUCGAAAUACUUAGAGAACAUGCAGCCAGCCAUGUUUCCCUCGCUCUUGGAUGACAUGGUGUCCGAAAAGGAGCUCCGGGUGGUCAACAUGCCAGUUACAGACAUGUUUCCUGAGCUCCAAAUCUUCUGCAAAAAUAACGAAUUGACCAUUGCGAACGUGUUCCAGGCUGCCUGGGCUCUAGUCCUGCGCCUAUACACCAGGAAUUCAGACGUGUCCUUUGGUUACCUUUCAUCAGGGCGUGAUGCCGACGGCCUCGAUCUAGAUCACGCCGUGGGUCCAUUCAUCAACAUGUUGCCCUGUCGUAUCGAAGUCAAUGACUCAUCCAGGUUGAUCGACAUUAUGGGAAGGAUCAACGAUGAUUUCUUAAACUCUUUACCAGGUUCAGCAUCAUUUGCGACUCUCGGGGAGCGUCUGUUCAACACCACGCUUUCUCUGCAACGAUCAAUGGUAGAGUCAGAUGAGAGAAGUAGUAGCAUUGCUGUCGAGUAUUUGGGCGGUUCCGACCCCACGGAGUAUGAUUUGAGCGUAAGUAUCACGGUUGGCGAUGCUGACAUCCACGUCGACAUUAACUACUGGACCACCUUCAUGUCAGACGAGAAGGCCAGUCUGUUGGGUUCAACUUUCAAGACGAUUCUCACCAAUUUGCUUGCCUCGCCGACCAAAGAAUUUCGGGAUUUCGACUUAGUCGAUGAUCAGCAACACCAGUACCUAAUGGCUCUAAAUAACCAUGGGAUUGUUCCAGAGACCAUCUCAGGGUGCAUCCACGACGAGGUGCGUCAACAAGCUCUGGCGCAUCCAUCCUCACCUGCUGUUGAGGGCUGGGACGCCUCGUUCACGUACUCGCAGUUGGAUGCAUUAUCCGACAAGCUGGCGAUCAGACUCUCCACCCUUGGUGUUGGGCCUGAGCAGGUAGUCGCCCUCUGCUUUGAGAAAUCUGCAUGGACCGUGGUGGCAAUGUUGGCAGUCCUCAAGUCCGGCGGUGCAUACACAUCCAUGGGCCCCUCUCAUCCAAGAUCACACCUUGAACAAGUUAUCUUGGCUACAAAAUGCUGUGUUAUUCUGGCAGGAUCAGAAGCCUACGGAGAGUUGGUGGGAGACCUAGUGGACCAUGUCAUUGUUGUUGAGUCGGCACUCUUCCCAUCCCUCCCUGGUGGUAGUUUGGGAAUCCUUCAAAAGGCCUCUCCAGACGAUGCCGCAAUGGUCAACUUUACAUCUGGUAGUACUGGAAAGCCCAAGGGUAUUGUGGUUCGCCACAGCAAUGUACGCUCACUGGUGGCUCACAAUGCCGACAUGAGGAUUGAUCAAUCCACGCGUUUCCUGCAGUUCUCCGCUUACACAUUUGACACCAGCAAUGGGGAGAUUUUCCUAUCCUUGUGUGUAGGAGCAUGCGUUUGUGUCCCAUCAGAGGACGAAAGGGUUAAUGAUCUGGCUGGGGCGAUGACGCGCUUGAAUGUCAGCUAUGCUUUCUUGACUCCUUCUCUAGCUCUCUCCCUCUCACCAGAGGCGGUUCCCACGUUAAGGACAUUGGCAUUGGUAGGCGAGGCUGUCCCUGCUGAUCUUCCAGGCAAAUGGCAGGACUACGUCCGCGUACUCAACAGCUUUGGGCCCGCGGAAUGCACCAUUAUGUCCUCGUUCGCCGUUUUAGAGGGUGCCAUGCCAGCAAACAGCAUUGGACGCGCCCAUGGAUGCCUGUUUUGGGUCGCCGACCCCGAAGACUGCCAGAGACUGGUCCCUGUAGGCUGUCCAGGAGAGCUUUUGAUCGAAGGUCCUAUUGUCACACAAUAUCUGGAUCCCAAGCUGGAUUCCAAAGCGUUCAUUCCUCCUCCGAGAUGGCGUGGAGAAGUCAAGGAGGGAACGCGAUUGUAUAGAACUGGAGAUCUCGUCAAAAUGCUAGCUGAUGGAAAUAUGUUAUUCAUCGGACGUGCUGAUGGACAGAUCAAACUGAACGGACAACGCCUGGUCACUUGGGACAUCGAAGAAGUAAUUAGCCGGAACCCUUCGGUCGUCCAGACGGCGCUUGUUGUUCCCAGCCAUGGACUCUGCAAGAAGAAGCUGGUUGCCCUGGUGGCAUUUGAGAAUGAAAUAUCCACCCAGGCUGUCUCUGUCGAGGGGAUUAUUCCUUUCAAUAAGGACUCUGGCAAGGAGCGGGCCAUCGACCAGAUCACAUCCAUUCGUGACCGCCUCGCAGGUGUAUUCCCUAGCUACAUGAUACCCUCCGUCUGGCUGCUGUGCUCCAGGCUUCCAUUGUCGCUGUCUGGAAAGCUGGACCGACGUAAGGUCCAGGAAUGGGUCGAAGAUAUGCAGCAGGAGAUUUACUUCGAUGCACUAGCCGAGAAAGAAGAAGAGGCCGAUCUCACUGAAACUACUACUCCCAAAUCGGAUGCAGUAGAGCGCUUGCAGGGAAUUGUUGGACGUGUUUUGAAUCUGCCUCUCAACAAGGUGUCUCUCCAGCGAUCCUUUUUUUCCCUCGGUGGUGACUCGAUCAGCGGUAUGCAGCUGGUCGUCAUGUGUCGAAAUGAAGGUUUAAAAGUUCUUUUUAAGGAUGUGAUGCGUAGUACCAGCAUUGCAGCAUUGGCCGACUUUGUGCAGACAGUGCAAGGCAUCAAUCUUUAUCAGCACUCCGACCGGUUGGACACUCCCUUUGACCUGACUCCCAUCCAGCAGUUUUACUUCCAAAAUAUAUCCCAAGGAUACCAAGAAGCGACAGCGAAUCAGUUCAAUCAGAGUUUCUUGUUCCGCUUGGCCUUGGAUGUGCCAGUGGAGCAGUUGAGGGACGCUGUGGGCAAGGUCGUGCAGCGUCACUCGAUGCUGCGAGCACGAUUCCGGCAGUCGCACAACUCACAGUGGAAGCAAAUUUUGAUCGGUUAUAGUCCCUCUGCGUACCGAUUCAGAGAACGUGCGGUAGAGAGUGAACAAGACGCUCUCGAUUUGGCACAACAUGCGCAGGAGGAACUCGACAUCCAGGAGGGUCCCGUGUUCGCGGUGGAACAUUUCACCAUUCCAGGACAGCUCCCGCUGUUCUUCCUGGUGGCUCACCACCUGGUCAUUGAUUUAGUGUCUUGGAGAAUCAUCUUCCAGGAAUUAGAAGACUCAGUCGCAGGGGAGAUCUCACAAACACCCACUGCUCCCUUCUCAUUCCAGCAGUGGCAGCAAUUGCAGACCGAAUAUGCCGCGGAACAUCUUCCGCCAAGUCAGGCUCUUCCCUAUACAAUCCCCAGAGCAGACUAUGGCUAUUGGGGAAUGGAAGAUGUUCCCAACUUUGCUGGCGACAAUAUCCAAGUCUCAGCAGUACUGGCAUCCCAGGAAAGUGAAGCCUUGCUGACUGGCUGUCAUCAGGCGAUGAGAACAGAGCCACUCGAUAUUCUCAUCGCAGCUUUGUUCGCCUCCUAUGCGCAAACCUUCGAAAAGCCCCCGCCUGCGGUUUUCAACGAAGGCCAUGGCCGUGAGCCGUGGACCAGCGACAUCGAUCUCUCCGACUCAGUGGGUUGGUUUACCACCGUUUUCCCCUUCUAUAUAUCCGGAGUAGAUUCCACCACGUCCCACACAGAUAUUGUUCGAAGUGUAAAAGAUCAGAGGCGCACGCUUCCUGCGAACGGAUGGUCCUACUUCACAUCGAGGUACCUGAACGAGGACGGUGUGAAGGCCUUUACCGACCACAUGCCCGUGGAGAUCGUCUUCAAUUAUCUCGGCUUGUACCAAGGAUUAGAGCGUUCCGAUGGGAUGUUCCAUCUGGUGCCGUUCAACAAGGGAGAUGUUGGAUCGGCCGUGCGACGCUACGCUCUGUUUGAGAUCAAUGUCUACGUGAUCAGUGGAUCAACCCAUAUCUCUUUCACGUUCAAUCGUCACAUGAAGCAUGUUGGCAGUAUCCACAAGUGGAUUGAGAACUACGCCGCCUCUCUGAAGAACAUUUCCAAGAGUUUGGCUUCCACAGAAUUUACUCUAACCAGAAGUGACUAUCCUCUUCUUGAGAUUUCCUAUCCCGAGUUGGAUAAGUUGCAGAGUUCCAGAGUACCUGAGCUCGGCCUGACUUUGGAUGACAUCGACGAGCUUUAUCCAUGUUCGCCUCUGCAAACUGGUAUCUUGCUCAGUCAACUUCGUCUUGAGGAUGCUUACCUCUAUCACGCCAUCAUGAAGAUUGAGUCUUGUAAAGGAGCGACUAUCAAUGCUACGCGCCUAGCUUCAGCGUGGCAGCAAGUUGUUGAUCGCCACACAAUCCUACGGACUGUUUUCCUCAAAGGAAUCUCACAGCGACCAUUUGAUCAAAUGGUUCUUCGCAGCCACCGUGCGGUGGCUCGGGUUCUCCAAGCCGAGUCAGCUCAUGGAGCUAUUGACCUUCUUAAGAGUUACGAUCACUUGUCACCAUCGAUGGCUGAACCACCCCAUCGCCUGGUCGUGGUCGAAUGUGCUGAAGGAUCCGUCUACUUCAGGCUCGACAUGAGUCAUGCUCUCAUGGAUGGAACAGCCAUGUCAGUACUGAUCAAUGAUCUCGCCUCUGCAUACAGCAAUCAGCUUUCAGUCUCGCCAGCCAUACCGUACAGUGACUACAUUGCAUACAUUCGAUCUCAGCCGGCUGCGGAGGGUCUAUAUUUCUGGUCGAAUUAUCUUCGUGAUGUCAAGCCGUGCCAUUUCCCCUCUUUGGUAGUCUCCAGUGAGGUGGAAAAGGAAAUGAAGAGUAUCGAUGUCAUGGUACCUGACAACGGGCAAGUGCGUGCGUUCUGCCAAGAGAACAAUAUAACGCUGGCCAAUGUGAUCCGCUUGGCAUGGUCCCUGGUCCUUCAGGCUUAUUCGGGCGAAGAUCAGGUCUGCUUUGGUUAUCUCACGGCAGGUAGAGAGGUUCCCCUGCCAGGCUUGGAGAGCGCUGUUGGUCCUUUCAUCAACAUGCUGGUGUGUGCAACAAAUCUAGCCGAAGUCAGUAGCAAGUCUGUCGUUACGGAGUUGCAGAACCUCCACCACGAGUAUCUCAAGAUGCUUCCAUACCAACAUGUCGGGUUGGCGGAAAUUCACCAUGCGUUGGGAGUAACAGGCAAGCCAUUGUUUAACACAGUUGUCAGCUUCCAGCGUCGUGAUGUCGAGAGACUGGUACUGGGUGAUCUGCAGAUGACAUAUCUUGACGGAAUCGAUCCCACGGAGUACGAUAUCACGGUGAAUGUUGCAGACACCGACCUAAACGGUUUCACAGUUGAGCUGGGGUAUCUGACUUCACGACUGUCUCCAGAAUACGCAGUCCAGGUCUCGGGAGCUCUCUCCGCGGCGUUGGAAUUCAUCAUCUCCCAUCCUUCCUCCACAGUGGACUCGGUUGAUCUUUUCGGCGCAUCGGCCAAGAACAAGGUCUUCGAGUGGAAUUCCGCUAUGGCCCCGACUGUUCAUGAACCCCUGCAUGGACUCUUUGAGGGGAAUGCAACAGCCUCGCCAGACGCACCAGCCAUUGCCUCCUGGGAUGGACAGAUGACCUACUCACAACUUGAAAAGAAGGCCGUCCAGCUCGCCCAUGCUCUUGUCAAUAUGGGAGUGAGCCGUGGUGAUCUCGUUCCGAUUUGUUUUGGGAAGUCAUCUUGGGCGAUAAUUUCCAUGCUUGCUGUUCUGAAGGCAGGGGCAGGCUUUGUGCCUUUAGAUCCCUCCAGCCCAGCUAACAGACUGAAACUGAUAAUCCAACAGAUAUCUUCAUCACUGGUGCUAGUUUCCCAGGAGAAGCUGGCGUUACUGGCCGAGCUCGUGCCCAAGACCCUCGUUGUUUCGGAAUCUGCCAGUAUCUGGCAUGAUGAAUAUGCUCCUGUACUCACUGGCCCUGUCUCUCCUCAUAGUGUCGCAUAUGUUCUCUUCACCUCUGGCAGCACUGGUACUCCCAAGGGUGUGAUUAUGGAGCAUGCAGCUGUCAGUACCAGUGUCAUCCAUCAUGGACAAGAAAUUGGAUGCAGCUCUGCCACGCGAAUGUUCCAAUUCGCAGCUUUUACCUUCGACGCAUGCAUUCUUGAGAUCUUCACAACUCUGACCUACGGUGGAUGCAUCUGUCUCCCGUCCGAUGCCGAGCGAAUGAGUGAUAUUGCCGGCUCCAUGAACCGAUUGAGAGCCAAUACCUCCUUCUUGACUCCCUCGGUCGUGCGUCUCCUUCGACCACACCAAGUUCCCACUCUCAAAACCCUGAUUCUGGGAGGAGAAGCACUACAUGAAGAUAACAUCCAAACUUGGGCAGAGAGUCUUCGUCUCAUAAAUGGAUAUGGGCCCACGGAGUCAUGUGUAUUCGCGGUUAUGAAGACCUUUGCAGGCAAAAAUGACCGUUGCGACAAUCUUGGCAGAGCUGUGGGCUCUCUUUCCUGGAUUACUCGCCCAAACAACCAUCACCAGCUGGCACCUGUUGGGGCCAUCGGUGAGCUUUUAGUUCAAGGCGGUACCUUGGCUCGAGGAUAUCUCCACGACCAAGCAAAGACUGAUCAAGUCUUCAUUCGCAACCCAGGAUUCUAUCCGAUGUCCAAUGACUCCGUUCAGAGAUUUUACAAGACCGGUGAUUUAGUGCGUUAUAACAUCGAUGGGACAAUUACAUAUUUGGGCCGCAGAGACACACAGAUCAAGCUGCGCGGUCAACGAAUCGAGCUCUCUGAGAUUGAACAUCAAAUCAACCGUCAUUUGGGAUCUGAUCCACAGAUCGCGGUUGAGGUGGUGCUCCCUCACGGAGAACAAGAGCAAGCGCUUCUCGCCGUGUUUGCCUUCAAGCCUGUCAGGCUGGCCGGCAGCGAGCUCCUAGGGGAAGUGAACAUGGAGACCCGAGCUUGGGCCUUGGAUCUCAAGGCUCACCUUCACUCCGUUCUUCCUCCAUCAUACCAGCCAUCGCUCUAUAUUCCCACGAACUGGAUGCCCACAACAUCCGCGCAGAAGCUGGACCGUAAGUUACUUCGCGACGCAGUAGCCAUACUGAGCGAUACCCAACUGAAGGGCUAUUCGCUUCGUGAAGACAGUCGCCGAGUACCCCACACCGUAUCGGAAAAGAAGUUACAAGAACUCUGGCAUCGCAUCCUCAAAAUCUCCAUGGAUGAUAUCAGAGCGGAUGAUAACUUCUUUCAAAUGGGCGGAGACAGUAUUGGAGCUAUGAAAAUGGCUGCUACCACGCCGGAGAACUUCCCUAUCACUGUCAUGGAUAUUUUCCAGCAUCCUGUGCUGUCCGACUUGGCCGCUGCAAUGGCCGCCAAGACCUUCGCCAACGGCGACGCUCAUCCCUCUCUGAGGCCGUUCGAACUACUGAACACGAUUCCAGACAUUUCUGGAUUCUUGAGCGACAUUAGUCGUCAAUGUUUAAUUCCGGUAGAGUCGAUUGAAGAUGUAUUUCCAGCAAGUCCUCUUCAGGAAGGCAUGAUGGCCCUUUCCAUGCUCAACCCCAAGUCCUACACUUUGCGGAAAGUUCUCAACCUGGAUCCUACUCUGGAUGUUGCUCGAUUCCAAUCAGCUUGGGACAUGGUUGCCCAGAAGAACCCAAUAUUGCGCACGCGCUUCGUGCCAACCCCAGAUGCAGGAUUCGUCCAAGUUGUGGUGAAAGAGAGUAUCGACUGGAGAAGGGCGGUGGAUCUGAAGCAGUACCUAGAGCAGGACUUGACUGAAGGACUAAUCUACGGUGCUGCACCGUUGCGUUAUGGACUCACUGAGGACCGUCACUUCAUCUUCACUGCGCACCACGCCACUUACGACGGUUGGUCGCUGCCAUUGAUCCUUAAUCAGGUCCAUUUCGCAUACGAGCAUGGUCAUUGCCUCGAUUCCGCCCCAUUCAAUACCUUCAUCAAGCACUUGCAAAACACUGACACUCAAUUGACGCAAUCUUUCUGGGAAAAUCAAAUGUCCGGCCCCCGACCAUCGACAUUCCCCGAAUUGCCUUCACCAUCAUACCGGCCUUCCGUUCGUGGCAAGGUGCAGAUUGAGAUCCCCCUGCCAAACCUCAAAGACUCUACGAUCCUCAGGGCUACCAUUUUGCGAGCUGCCUGGGGGAUACUUCUCUCCCGCUACACAGAUAGCAACGAUGUGGUAUUUGGAAUGACCCUCUCUGGCCGCAACAGUGCGGUGGCUGGUAUCGACGCCAUGAUCGGUCCAACCAUUACAACUGUGCCUGUGCGAAUGGCAAUGUCGCCGAAACUCACAGUCAGUGAGUUCCUGGCUCAGGUUCAGCAACAGUCGACAGAUAUGAUCCCACACGAGCAUUUCGGUUUACAAAAUAUUGCUGGCAUCAGCUUGGAUUGUUCCCGGGCAAUCGAGUUCCAGAAUCUAUUCGUCAUUCAACCCGUGUCGGAUCCUAAUGCAACUGGAGAUGCCUUGCCAGGUGUGGAAGAGGUCGAACUGCCCCUGGAAGAUUUCGACAGCUAUCCGCUGGUCGUCGAAUGCUUCAUAGCGGAGGACAAAGUCAUCAUUGAGUCCCGCCAUGAUGAUAACAUCCUCUCGGCCUGGCAGGUGCAGACCAUAAUGCACCAUUUCGAGCAUAUUCUGGAACAAGUGACGGAUGUGAAAAAUCUCCAAGCUCAGCUCGCUUCCAUUGAGCUCUUUGGUAAUAAUGAUCUACAGCAGAUCAUCCAAUGGAAUCGACAGUAUCCGGAAACCGUCGAGUCAACUGUACCAGUCAUCUUCGCUGACCAAGUGUCGCAGCAGCCGGAGGCGUUGGCUGUUGAUGCUUGGGAUGGCCAGCUCUCCUAUAGUGAGCUCGACCGGCUCUCGACGAUUCUUGCUCGCCACCUCGUCUCUCUAGGAGUUUUACCUGAGACUCUGGUCCCUCUGUGCUUUGACAAGUCGAGAUGGGCCGUCGUCGCACAGAUGGCCGUCAUGAAGGCCGGCGGUGCUUGCGUCAAUCUUGAUCCUGCCCACCCCAAAUCUCGUCUCGAGGCGAUUGUAAAGGACGCUCAAGCAACAGUGCUUCUGAGCAAUCCCCGUCAUGCCAAUAUCCUUGCAAACUCGACAGCUUUACAGACAGUUACCGUGACAGAGGACUUCAUAUCUAGUCUCGAAGGGUUACCGUUUGUUAUGCCAACCCUCACUGCCCGAAAUUCCGCCUAUGUGCUUUUCACGUCGGGAAGCACUGGCAAGCCCAAAGGCAUUGUGAUUGAGCACGGCUCUCUUUGCUCAAGCUCAAAGGCUCAUGGAACACGCUGGGGGAUCGGCCCCGGAACACGACUUUUGCAGUUCGCCGCAUAUACAUUUGACGUGAGCUGCGCCGAUAUCUUCACGACAUUGCAACGCGGUGGGUGUGUCUGUGUACCGUCGGAUGAGCAACGUAUGAACGAUCUAUCUGGGGCAAUCAACACCUUCCAGUGUAACUGGGCCUUCUUGACGCCCACUGUCGCCGCUCUCCUCCCAACCGAUACUAUUCCUUCGCUGAAAAUGCUGGUUCUCGGAGGUGAGGCAUCCACACGCGACACCAUUGCCAAGUGGCACAAUGUGCUCGACCUCAGGGUGUGUUAUGGGCCCGCAGAAUGCUCAAUAUAUUGCUCCGGUGCUCCUCCAGCCAUUGCGACAAGUGACCCGGCAAACCUGGGGGCAGCCAUUGGAGCCCUCUAUUGGAUCGCUGAUCCUCAGGAUCCAAACCGCCUGACACCUUUGGGCUGUGUAGGAGAACUUCUUCUGGAAGGCCCAACGGUUGCCCGAGGAUACCUUCAUGACUCUGAAAAGACAGCACAGGCAUUUGUCGCGAACCCCGCUUGGGCAACUCGUCCAGGUUCCCGGUUUUAUCGUACAGGCGACCUGGUGCGCUACAAUGAAGACGGCACGAUCCGAUUCGUUGGUCGUAAAGACACUCAGGUCAAGGUCCGUGGCCAGCGUGUGGAACUAGGUGAAAUCGAGCAUGCCAUGCGUCUUGCAAUGCCUACCCUCGCCCACGUGAGUGUGGAUGCAGUGCAAGAUCCCACUCAUCUCCAGAAGGUUGUGGUGGCUUUUCUACAUUAUAGCAACCGCAGUGGUCCUGUCGAGAUCAAGGACAUGUCUACCGACUUGCGCGAUGAGCUGGUUGCCCUGCAACAAACCCUCAGCCAGCAGCUCCCAUCGUACAUGAUCCCAUCCAUGUUCAUUCCCCUAUCUCGCGUGCCUUUAACUAUGAAUGGCAAGUCCGAUCGUCGUCGACUGCGCGAAUUGGUCACGUCCCUCUCGAGAGAAGAUAGCCUGGCCUUUUCGCUGGCCAGCAGUGUCAAGCUGGAACCGACCACACCGAUGGAACUGGAGCUCCGCGCCUUAUGGGCCAAGGUCUUGCAUGUUCAAGAAGAUACUUUGGGCAAGAACGACCACUUCCUUCGCUGUGGAGGUGAUAGCAUCUUGGCGAUGAAACUCACUAGUCAUGCGCGAUGUGCUGGCCUGGCCUUGACUGUCCAAGAUAUUUUCCAGUCUCCAGUGCUUGAGGAAAUGGCAGCUGCUAUUUCACGAAAAUCAGUGCAAGACCUUAUGCAGCAGUCGCCUUCACCUUAUACUCCUUUCACCCUCAUAAGCGACAUCUCCAAUAUGCUUCCCAUGGUGGCUCUGACCACGAAAACACCCCCUGAAAAUAUUGUGGACGUUCUCCCUGCGUCGGACUUCCAAUCCUCCGCAAUCGCCCACUCCAUGCUAAAAACCCAUGGCUUGGUGAAUUACCUCUUCCUGGAUGGUGAAGGUGAGGUCCCAUGGGACCUGGCGUUUGUUCAGAAAGCAUGGGCUCUCUUUGUUCAGACUCACGGAAUUCUUCGGACUGUAUUCGCUGCCUACGAAGACCGCUUCUACCAGGUGGUACUCAAAGACAUCUCGCAACCGGUCGCGUGGUAUCAGAUAGAGGAAGAUAUCGAACCGUUCUGUCUCAAAUUAUGCAAGCAGGACGUCAACUCGGACCUGCCCUUGGGUGGCGUACUCACCCAGUUGUCAGUUGUCAGUAAUCAGGAACAUCAUCGGCUCAUUCUCCGAGUCUCCCAUGCCCAAUAUGAUGGUGUAUGUCUGCCACACAUCUGGCAGAGCUUCCAAGAUGCAUUUUCUGGCCGCACGCCUGCUCCAGAGGUUCCAUUCUCUCACUUCAUCACCAGCAUCCAUCCUGCUAGCCAGGGUGCUCAAACAUACUGGCGUGAUGUUUUGUCAAAUUCCACCAUGACCGACAUUGUGGCGCACUCCGCACCCCAAUAUGGGAAUGUGUACGAUUUGCACCUGACCCGAACAAUCACCAUUGCCUCUCAGAUUGGUUCAGGAAUUACUUUUGCCACCAUUUUGAAGACCGCCUGGGCUCUUGUCCUAUCUUCCUGCUCUGGCAAUUCCGAUGUCGUCUUUGGCCAUGUCGUUUCCGGUCGCAAUCUACCUCAAGUCAACAUAGAGCAGGUGAUCGGCCCUUGCCUGAACAUCCUCCCGACCCGUGUCAUAAUCGAUCCUACGGCGACCGUGAAACAUCUCCUCGAAGCCGUGCAGGCUCAACAUGCUUCUCACAUGGCCCACGAAUCGCUAGGAACCCGCGAGAUUGUCCAAAACUGCAGCCCCUGGCAUCCUUCUACUCGCAUGAGCAGUAUUGUGCAACAUCAAAACAUUGACCAAGAUGCGACGGUGACUCUCAAUAACCAGAACUACCUUGUUCGUGACUUCUGUCCUGCGGCAGACGAGGCAGACAUUGCUAUCAAGACCACCCCCUUGGACAGCAACCAGAUUGAGGUGCUUUUCAUCGCCUCCUCGCGCUCUGUUGGCCAGCCCAUGGCAACUGCUCUGUUGGAUCGUCUCUGUGCCACGAUUCAGGCUAUCUGCGACUCCCCACACGCACGGAUACCUGUGUCGCAGCUUAUUCACUCUGAGUCUAUUCUUCCCUUGCCGAGUCCAUCAAAAUCUAUUGGUGUGAACGGACACUCUGCGGUUGAUUGCACCGACACUGUCUGGCCUACGGACGUAACCCUGCUACCAGCCUUAUAUGACAGCUGGCGGGAGGUUCUGGGAAAUCCCGACCUGCCGUUGGGCUUAGAAUCCGACUUCUUUGCUGUGGGUGGUGACCUGGUCUCGAUCGCGUUGCUGGCCGCGUUUUGGCAACGUCAGGGUUACCAGGUUGCGGUGGAGGAUCUCUGGGAUAAUUCGCAGGUCGAUUCUCAGCUGGAUACCUUGAUCCAGGCGCGUUGUUGA